AAAUGUCCGGUUUUGUUAAGCGCCGUCGUGCCGUUAACAUUAAAGGCGUUCGCCUUUCUGUUCAUAGUGGCCAAUCAGUUACAUCUUCGGGAAAUCCAUCAUUGGAUCACAUUUUUGGAGGCGGUUUCCCGCUGGGCUCGGUCAUAGGUCUCGAAGAAGAUAAGUACGGUAACUAUGCACGGGUAUUGGCAAAAUACUUCCUCGCGGAGGGAAUCGUCAACGAUCACAGCGUAUUGAUAGGCACGAUGGAAGAAGAUCCCGAACAGAUGAUGCGGAAGCUACCAACACCGGUCGAAGAAAAAAGUCACACGACGAAAACUGGCCCACCGUCGGCAGAAGGUAUGCGAAUCGCGUUCCGGUACAAUCAACUGACACCGGUUGAUUCAGAGCAAAAAUCGUCCCAAUCUCUGGGACAUUUUUUUGAUUUAACGAAGGCCAUGGAUCCUUCGACACUGGCCGGAAAGGAUAUUAGCUACUGGAGUGGAGAUGAGCCGAUGCAGGAAGCGGACUGUGCUGCUGGUCCAUUCGCUAUCCCACAUUUUGCAUCGCUGCUUUCGUAUAUUCAUCGCAAGGCAAAACAGCCACAAUUUGCUCUGAACGAUUCGGAAGAUGUGGCCAAGAACGUGUUUAGAAUUUGUCUUCAUUCGGUCGGAUCGCCUCUAUGGUACGAUCGCAGUUUUUCCAAAGAGCUAGUACACUUUCUUACCAUUUUAAAGUCGAUCGUUCGAAAUUCGCUGUCCGUGUGCUUCAUUACGGUGCCUUUUCAUCUGUUCCGCCAUCUGGACGAUAAUCAUCUGUGCACAAAAGUGACGAAUCUUUUCGACUAUUCGUUCGGCUUGGAAGCUUUCACCGGUCAGACGGAAGAGCAGGCAAACCCGUUGUUUAAGGAAUACCACGGGCUUCUCAACAUUACAAAAAUCACGGCGUUGAACGCACUGGCCCCCUUCACGCCAGAGACACGUGAUUUGGCCUUUAAACUGAAGCGCAGCAAAUUCGUAAUCGAGAAGCUGCACUUGCCACCGGAUUUGGCAGCAGAUGAUACCCAAACUCAGAACCUAGUGCCUACGAUGAGCUGCAGCGGCGGAGGCGUAAGGAAUAAGCUGGAUUUUUGAAACUGCAACAUGUUGAUUUGUUGUAAUAAAUUUAAAAAAA